UUGCAGAGGCUUGGCGAGGAGGAAUUAAGAUGCCCAGGGAGGGGGUAAUUGAGUUACCAGAUCUCCUGGGCACCUUCGGACAAUGUCAGGCACAUGGAGGCAAAGUGAGCCAACGGGGACGGUCUGAGCCCUAUUACAAGUAGGUGGCUGCCGAGGUGUUGCUGGCGCGCCUCAAAAUACCGUCCUCUUAGCUUCGGAGCCCCGGACCUCGGUCCCCAGGCGCACAUCGCCUUUUAAGACCAGUGUGUCAAGACGGUGGGUGGGCGGUUCCUGUAGAGCCCCGCGCGCAGGCUGGCCCCAGGGGUUUGACUGGGCGGCUCGGCGGUGCACGCUGGAUGCUGGCCCGGCCGUGGAUGGGUGUGUUUGGGGAGUCUCCCAGGGCGCGACGGCCAGCGCCCCCACCACCCAGGGGCUGCUCCCUUCUUAACCUCUUGCUUUCGGGCGGCCCCUCGCGCGUCAGCUCGGAGCCGGGGCGGGGGGCUGGCGGCAGAGAGGGGGCCGGCGGAGGAGAGCGACGCGGCCCCAAGUUUAUGCUAAUCCGCGCAAAGCCCGCCUCCCGCCUCCCCUCCGCGGCCCUAGCCGCGAGCAGCGCCGGCCACUCCGCGGGACACAGCCUCUGCGAAGCGCCAGGCGGCGGGGCCAGCAAGCUCCGGGAGCCGCAAGCGGCGGUGGGACCCCGGCAGCGAGCGGCGGGGCGCUGCGGCGGGCGGACACCGGCGGGGGCCCCGCGCGGGGCCAGGUGGGGACCCGGGGGCGGCGAUGGGCCGCCGCCGCCUGCCGGUCUGGCUGUGCGCCGUCGCGGCGCUGCUCUCGGGGGCGCAGGCCAAGGGCACCCCGCUCCUCGCGCGGCCCGCGCCGCCUGGUGCAUCCCGCUACAGCCUGUACACGACGGGAUGGCGCCCGCGACUGCGCCCGGGGCCGCACAAGGCCCUCUGCGCCUACGUGGUGCACAGGAAUGUGACCUGUGUCCUACAGGAGGGAGCAGAGAGCUACAUAAAGGCUGAGUACCGGCAGUGUGGAUGGGGGCCCAAGUGCCCCGGGACAGUCACGUACCGCACGCUGCUCAGACCCAAAUAUAAGGUCGGCUACAAGAUGGUGACGGAGCUCUCCUGGCGCUGCUGCCCUGGGCUCAGUGGAAAAGGCUGUCCUGAGCACCUCACAGACCACGGGGCCGCCCCACCCCAGCCGGAGCCAGAGCCCCAGAUUCCCUCCGGGCAGCUGGGCCCAGGCCCCAGGCCCCCUCCUUCCAGCAGAGCGGUCCCCAGCCCUUACGGAAGGAAAGGCCCAGGGUUGUUUGGUGAGCGCCUGGAACGCCUGGAGGCUGAGGUCCAGCGCCUGGCACAAGCAUAUGGUACUCUCAGUGGCCUGGUUGCCAGCCACGAGGACCCCAACAGGAUGGCUGGCGGCCCCAGAGCUCCUGUCACCCCUGUGGGCUUUGGAGUCAUCCCUGAGGGGUUUGUGAACCCUGGAGACAGAACUGGAGGGCCGUUCGCACCUCCCCUGGACGAGAUCUUAAGCAAGGUGACAGAGGUGAGCAACACGCUACGGACCAAGGUGCAACUGCUGGACGAGGUGCACGGCAUGGCCCUCGGCCACGAGGCCCACCUGCAGCGGCUGCGGGAGGCUCCCCCAUCUCCGCUGACCUCUCUGGCCUUGCUGGAUGACUAUGUGGACCAGAGGCUGCACCGACUGUGGGGGAGCCUGCUGGAUGGCUUCGAGCAGAAGCUGCAGGGCGUCCAGGAUGCAUGCGACCUGCGGGUACAGGAGGUGCGGCAGCAGUGUGAGGAAGGCCAGGCGGCCAGCCGGAGGCUGCACCAGAGCCUGGAUGGCCGGGAGCUGGCCCUGCGCCGGGAGCUCUCACAGCUGGGGACCCAGCUGCAGGGCCUGAGUGUGGCUGGCAGGGGCAGCUGCUGCAGCCAGCUAGCGUUGAUCAGUGCCCGCGUAGACGGCCUCGAGAGGAGCCUGCAGGCCGUCACUGAGGCCCAAAGGGGCCGUGGACCCACCACCAGGGAUGAGCUCACUCGGCUCUCUGCUGCCAUGCUGCAGGGGGGUGUGGAUGGAUUUCUCGAGGGGCUGGAGACCCUCAAUGGGACGGAGAAUGGAGGGAGGGGCUGCUGUCUGGGUAUGAAGGAGGGAGGAUGGGGUGCGGGCGGCUUCAGGACCACACUGGAGGAGCGCGUGCAGAGCCUGGAGGAGCGCCUGCUGACGCUGGCUGGGGAGCUAAGCCACGACAGCGCCCCACCAGGCAGGUCAGCACGGCCCCUGGUGCAGACGGAGCUGGCCGUGCUGGAGCAACGGCUGGUCUCGCUGGAGACCUCGUGCACCCCCAGCACCACCUCGGCCGUCCUGAAGAACCUCGUGGCAGAGGUGAGGGCCUGGCAGAGCCAGACUGAGGCCCUUCUGCACCAGGUGGCCAGCCACACGGCCUUGCUCCAGCAGCUCAAUGGCACCGUGGCAGAGGUCCAGGGGCAGAUGGCAGAAGCAACAGGCAGCUCACUCCAGGGCGAGAUCACCCUGCUCAAGGUCAACCUGAACUCUGUGAGCAAAUCACUCACAGGCCUCAGCGACUCUGUCAGCCAGUACUCGGAUGCCUUCUUGGCCACCAACACGUCCCUGGAUGAGCGGGAACGCAAGGUGGAGGCUGAGGUCCACGCCAUCCAGGAGCAGGUCAGCAGUCAAGGCUCACGGCUUCGUGCUGGCCACCGGCAGGUCCUGAGCCUGCGGGGGGAGCUGGAGCAACUCAAGGCCGGGGUGGCCGAUGUGGCUGGUGGGCUGAGCCGCUGCCAGGACACGGCCCAGAAACUCCAGCAUGCGGUGGGCCACUUCGACCAGAGGGUGGCACAAGUGGAGGGUGUGUGUGGGAAGCUGGGCCUGAUGGCUGCAGACCUGGACAGCUUGCCCACGGAGUCACUCAGGCCCAGGGAAGGCCUAUGGGGCCACGUGGACCAGCUGAACCGCACGCUGGCCCAGCACGCACAGGACAUCGCCCGUCUCCGGGAUGACCUGCUAGACUGCCGGGCCCAGCUGGCCGAGCAGGCGCGGCGGCCCAGGCAGGCCAACUAGGUGGGCUGGACAGGACCCGACCCCCAGAUCCCACCAAUCCUGGGGACAUCACCCCAGAGCCCAGACCACGCCUCCCAGCCUCUGGCCAGCACAGAUGCCACUUUGGAGGCCACUGAAGGCACCGCCUCGGUCCAGCUCCACGUGACUGUCUGACAUUAAUACCCAUAUGCUCAGUGCUGCACCAGCUGGACAGUUCAGGAUAGCGGUCAGGGCGGGUAUGACGUGCCUGAAGGCCAGGGUGGACCCAAGAGACCUCACAAUCCAGUUUACCAAUUGCUCUUCUGCGGACACACGAGUCGGCACCUGUGCAGACUGCAGGUCCGUGCUCAGGCGGUGGCCUGUCCACGGCUCCCUCUGCCCACAGGCCAUAGGCAGGCCCCAUGGAGGCUUCUGGUCCUUUGUCCCCUCAGCUUUUCUCCCCAGCCUCCUGGGCUCAGUGUCUGCAGGAGGGUGCCGCCACUGGCACUGUCCUCACACAUGGCAGCUGCACCGAUGCUGUUUCUGAACCAAGGACCAGAGGUUCCCACCACCCCAAAGGCCCUCAGGAUGGCGCAGAAACACAGGUCAGCCAAGAGUUCUCUUUAUUCCUUUCGGUCCUCUCCCAAGGUGAGGGCUUAGGCAGCUGUAGGUUCCCAGGGGAGGGCACUGGGUCCAGGCAAUCUGUUUGGAGAACCCCCCACCCCUGCCCCGCCGGCAAUGUAUGCUUUUCCUUCUCUUCCCCAAAGAUGUUGUCCGGGCACUCAGGUCCCCACAUAGUCCUCUCCUCCCCGUGUCGGGGAGAUCUUUAGGCCUCAUGGUCCGAAUGAGGCCGGGCCCUGAGCCGGAGGCCAUGGCUAGAAGGAGAGGGCUCCAGGCCCAGUUUCAGACAUCCUUGUAAACCGGGUGACCGCGGAGUCAUGAGAAAUGCAGGUAGGACACUGCCAAGGGACAGUCUGCAGAUGCAAGCGUCCGUCUGGCCUGCACAGUCCCAGAGACCCUGAUGCCCGUCUCUGCUGAGCCUCCCAGCCUCAGUUUCCCCACAGCAGCACGGGCCCUGCCCUGCUGUCUUGCAGGUCCCUGUAGCCCUCCCUUCUUGAUUCUCGACAUCUGGAAUUCUGCCCUCCACUGUGGUGCUGUUGGAGGAGGGCAGGCCUGAAUUAAAGCUUUUAGCCUCUCCAAAAGUA